ACAGUUUUUUUUGCUUUUCGUCUGGCUCUUCUCUUGUUCUGCUCUUGCUAUAACAAAUUUGGCUGCGAAAACAAAAUAAUAUUUUCUAACGUUGCAACACUUGCUAAAAUAUGGAAUACAAAAGCCCAUUGGAAAUCGACUUUGACACCGCCAGCCUAGACUUCAAGGUUGAAAUCGCUCACUUCAACUUCUCAGAAACUACCCAAACUCCCAAGAAAAAGAUCAGUCUCUUGGAGAAGUUUAGACUCUUGAAGGAAGAGUACAAACAGGAAAAAGCCAAACGUCCACAAAAACUUGAUUACGAUCAAAAGGUCAGGUUGUCCAGAGCCAGGUCCAUUGAAUCAUGGAGGAAUACAAUCAAAGCACCCACAGGAAAAACAAAUGGCUCUUUCAGCAGAAUGAGAAGUGCUUCCUUCACCUUCUCUCGUCUCCACAGAUCCCCCAUCAGUACCACUUCUCAAGAAGAUAACACUGCUUCGUUUUUGAGCUCAGGCUACACCCCUGACACCCCAGUAUCUUCCUUUGACUCCUUAGAAGUAUCAUCGAGCUCCCGUGCCGGUUCUCCUAAAAGCAAAGUGUGUCAGACGUUGAAACCCAUUCUCAAGAACAAAAACAUGAACUUCGACCAAGAACUCGAAAAAGUCAAGAAAAGUGACUUGAUUAACUUUGAUGAAUUCUUGAGAGUGUUUGAAGAAAGAGAAAUAUCUCGUUUGAGGGAACACAACUUGAGAAGCCAGUGUUUACAGCUUCCUAACUAUGAUUAUUAACUGUGUAUGAAUAGAUGUUGCAAACGGAGCGGAGGUACCUUAGAAAAAUUAGGCUUGAAGUCGCCAAAGAGUGAGAAGUCAGAGGGCUGUAGUUCUUGUGGAAAACCAUAGGAUAUUAUGGACUGUAGUUCCUGACAACAAGUAUAGGAAAUUAUAGUCGGAGAACCAAACACUUCUUUCAGAAGAACUUGUUGGGAUUUGGCGACCUGGUGCGAACACUCCACCAU